GUGAGGCGGCUGUCAGGUGUGGUGGACGACUGUUGCUGUGAGUACGAGACAGUGGACGAGCUCAACUCGCACGUGCUACAGCCGCUGCUCACUCAGCUCGUCAACACCACUUUCUUCAAGUACUUCAAGGUUCGCCUCUGGUGUGACUGUCCCUUCUGGCCGGAUGACGGCAUGUGCCACUCCAGAGACUGUUCUGUGGGGGAGUGUAAGGACGACGAGGUUCCCCCCGCCCUCCGCUGCCCCUCCCCGCCCGCACCCUCGCUGCUCCCUGCUGACGUGGACGAGCCGCGCGACGCUGACCUGGACCCGAGUGCAGAUGAGUCAGCGUCUGCUGAGUCAGCGGCGGGGUCGGUGGAUCGAACGGUGGAUCGGAGCGCGUUCCAGGCGUGGGUUGAGGCGGAUAACCCAUGGACGUCUGAUGAUGAGAGUGAUACAGCCUCCCAGGUCUAUGUGAACCUAGCCCUGAACCCUGAGAGGUAUACAGGGUACGGAGGGGACUCCGCGCGCCGCAUCUGGCAGGCCAUUUAUCAGGAGAGCUGCUUCCAGGACGGCACCAAGGACGAGUGCACAGAGCGACGCGUUCUGUACCGGCUGAUUUCUGGGCUCCAUCAGGCUAUAUCAGUCCACGUGGCUGCAUCCCAGAUCUGGGACUCAGCAGCCGGACAGUGGGGCCCCAACAUCACCAUCUUCCACCACCGAGUGGCCAAGUUCCCCGAGCGCCUCGCCAACCUCUACUUUACCUUCCUCUUCGUGCUGCGUGCUGCUACCAAGGCUGCGGAUUUCUUAUCACGAGCAUCGUACGACACAGGCAACCCCUUAGAGGACCACCAGACAGCGGCGCUGGUGCAGCAGGUGGUGCGGAAUGAGCGGCUGCAGGCGGCUUGCCCGUUGCCGUUUGACGAGGCGAGGAUGUGGCGAGGGGAUGAGGGGCCGCAGCUCAAGCAGACGUUGCAGGGGCACUUCAGGAACAUCAGCGUGAGACGGGUGCUUCAGCAGCAGCAGGUGGUGUGGAAUGAGAGGCUGCAGGCGGCUUGCCCACUGCCGUUUGACGAGGCGAGGAUGUGGCGAGGCGAUGAGGGGCCUCAGCUGAAGCAGACGUUACAGGGGCACUUCAGGAACAUAAGCCUGAUCAUGGACUAUGUGGGGUGUGAGCGCUGCCGCCUGUGGCGAAAUCUGAAGGUCCUCUUCCAUUGCAUCCUCACCUAUUUCAACCACUCGCAACCACUCUACACUCCUCCCCAUUCCCACAGCCUGAUCAUGGACUGUGGGCAUGGAGUGGAGCAGUUGAGUCUGCAGCGCAAUGAGGUGGUGGCUCUGUUCAACACGCUCUGGCGCUUCUCCCAUGCGCUCAAGACCACUGCUGAGCUCGUCACCCUCCUGGAGAUGAACCCUCCCCCGGAUGUACCUGCAGUUGGAGCAGCGCCGGUAGUGUCUGUGUCUGGUGCUGGUGCUGUGAGUGGUGGUGGUGGUGGUGGCAGUGGGAGUGGUGUGGGUGGUGCUGCUGACACAGUGCCGCUGCAAAAGACCAGCCUGAGCAUCAUCGACACAUGCGAGUUUCAGCGGCUAAGGCACAUCCGCCAGCUAGGCGUCUGCCACUACGUGUACCCGUCAGCCAAUCACACGCGGCUAGAGCACUCCAUAGGGACCUCCCAUCUGGCCAAUGAGGUGGUGGAAUCUUUAAGGCGGCAGCAGCCAGAGCUGCGGAUCAAUGAUGAUGACGUCAUGGCGGUUACUCUGGCUGGGUUGUGCCAUGACAUGGGGCAUGGGUGCUUCAGUCACAUGCUCGAUAACUCCAUCUUCUCCCACUUCUGCUCUGGAUCCGAUUGGCACCACGAGAAGCGGUCAGUGGAGCUGGUGGAUCGAGUGAUUGACAACAACAACAUCGACAUAGAUCCUUAUACCGUGGCCACCAUCAAGAGCCUCAUUCUACCUGACAAGUCCAAGAGGAAAAGGGACUAUAAGGAGAAGGAAUUUCUAUGGGACAUUGUAGCCAAUGCACGCACGGGAAUAGAUGUGGACAAGUUUGACUAUCUGGCUCGUGACAGCUACUUCUGCAACGUCAAGUCGUGCUUCGAUCACAAGAGAAUAAUUCAGAUGAUGCGAGUCAUAGACGACGAAAUCUGCUUCAAGUACAGAGAGUUGGAGACAGUAAACGAGCUGUUUUGGCUGAGGGCCAAGAUGUAUCGCAACGUGUACACGCACAAGACAGUCAAGGCAGCCGAGGCCAUGAUUCUCGAGGCCCUCACCCACGCCAACCACGUCUUUCGCUUCGGGGAGAUUGCCCUGACACGAGAUCUUGAUAGAUUCUGCCAGCUGGACGAUACGAUUCUGCGGGAGAUUCUGCGGUCUCGGGACCCCAGCUUGGCAAAAUCGCAGGAGAUUCUGAGGCAGCUGGAGCAGCGACAGCUGUACCAGUACAUGAACGAGUUUGUGGUGCCUGUGGAUGCGCUGCAGCACUUCAAGGAUCUCACAGUGGGCGAGCUGCUGCGGCAUGGCACGGGGUCAUACCUGAGGGAGCAUGGUGACCAAGUGAUGGUAGACAAUAUUAAGAUCGACUACGGGCAGGACACAGACAACCCCCUCGACAAGGUCCGCUUCUUCGAUACUCAGGAGCACCGGGACCGGGACGAUCCUUCAAAGAAGCUGUCCAAGUUUCCCAUCCCAUGCCAUCGCAUGAGCACCAUGAUGCCACAGAAUUACAAGGACAUGACCGUUCGAGUGUACAUCAAGACAAGAGAUCAGCGCCUCGAGGAUGCGGUGAAAGAGGCGUUCGUCAAUUACCAGAUGAAGACAUUUGGUCGCGAAGUCAUGCGCACUCCAAGCCGUAAGAGAAUGCGCAGACACCACGAAAAUGGAGGGAUAACCAAUGGGGGUGGAACUGGAACAGAGGAGUUCACGGGGGAUGAUGAUGAUGUGGUUUGUUCACAAACUGCAAGGAAGCUGAUGUGA